UGUAGCGUCUGAGCCGGAGCUAGAUUUUUUUUUUUUUUUUUGGGUUAGAUGAGACAGAGCCAGAUAGGAGGUGUAUUUUCGUGAUCUUUCGCCCUGGAAUCUCGGCUUGAUUACUGGAAGGUUCUCAGAUUUGUGGGCAUUUCCUGCAGAUAAGUUGCUUUGUUUCUAUGCUGUUGAUCUUUGAGGAAUGAUUUUAUUUUCUGGGAACUUGUUGUCUUAAAAUUUCUGCUGAACUGGGUAGGUUUCUUAGUUGGUUGUGAAUGUUUCGAUUGAGCUUGUAAAAAAUUGUGCUUGGUAUUGAAAUUUAGCAAAUGGGUUUCUGUUUGGUUUUGGUGUCUGGGGGAAUUGGACAUGCAUAUACUUGGUCUAAGAAAAGGUGAAAAAUGUUCUAGGAGGGGGAAAUAGAUAAUGGGCAGGAUUGAUUUUGAUCUAUGAGUGCAUGAGGUAUUUGCAAAUGGCUUCUACAGACUAUGGAUAUGCAUGUAAAGUAUGGGUUUAGGCUAAAGAAUAGUUCUUGAUCUGAUUGUUGUUUAUAGUAAGGAAUGGAAGGGCAUUUAUCACAGGGAGGUAUGGUUCCUGGUGGGGCUUCCUAUGGUGGCCUUGAUUUAGAAGGAUCAAUGAGGGUUCAACAUCAAACCCAACACCCACACACCAUACACCAACACCAUCCUCAUCCUCGUCAAGGGUCCUUGGCCCAUCCAUCGAUUCACGAGGGUUUUCCUCUCAAAAUGGGAACCAUGCAUAAUUGUGACCAAACCAUCUCCAUGAUGGAUUACAAUAAGGGAGAGAGGUCCAAAAACUCAGCAAGCGAUGAGGAUGAGCCGAGUUAUAUGGAGGAGGGUACUGAUGGCCAUGCUGAAGGAAAUAGAGGGAAGAAGGGAUCACCAUGGCAGCGUGUGAAGUGGACAGAUCAAAUGGUGAAGCUUCUGAUCACUGCUGUAUCUUAUAUAGGUGAGGAUACAAGUUCUGAUUGUGGUAGUGGGGGAAGGAGGAAAUAUUCUACUCUACAGAAAAAGGGAAAGUGGAAAUCUGUUUCCAAGGUCAUGGCAGAAAGAGGUUUUCAUGUUUCUCCGCAGCAGUGUGAGGAUAAAUUCAAUGACCUGAACAAAAGGUAUAAGAAACUUAACGAUAUGCUUGGGAGGGGCACGUCUUGCCAGGUUGUUGAGAACCAGGCACUUUUGGAUGUGAUAGAUUACCUAACAGAGAAAGAAAAAGAUGAUGUUAGGAAAAUAUUAAGCUCAAAGCACCUAUUUUAUGAGGAGAUGUGUUCUUACCAUAAUGGGAAUCGUUUGCAUCUGCCUCAUGAUCCAGCAUUGCAGAAAUCCUUACAGCGGGCUCUUAGAAGAGAUGAGCAUGACAAUGAUGAUCCGAGAAGGCACCACCAUGAUGAUCUUGACGAAGAUGAUCAGGAUAUGGAAACUGAUGAGCAUGAAGACUUUGAGGAAAAUAAUGCUUCACAUGGAGAUAACAGGGGAAUAUAUGUUUUAGAAGACUCUGUAAAGAGGUUGAGACAAGGCCAGGGCCGUGAAGAAUUUAACUAUGGUAGUUCAUUGAAUCCCCAGGACUGUAACAAGAGUUCUUAUUGUCAUCCACCUAUUCCCCAAGCUGAUAUGAAUCAAGUCUUACCUGAUGGCACAAAAGCUGCCUGGCUACAGAAGCAAUGGAUUGAAUCUCGAUCGCUUCAGUUAGAAGAACAGAAGCUGCAAAUUCAAGUUGAGAUGUUAGAAUUGGAGAAACAGCGUUUCAAGUGGCAAAGAUUUAGUAAGAAAAGGGACCGUGAAUUGGAAAAGCUGAGGAUGGAAAAUGAGAGGAUGAAGCUUGAGAAUGAGCGCAUGGCAUUGGAAUUGAAACGGAAGGAAAUGGGGGCUGGAUUUAGUUAAGUGGCUGUUCUGAUCAGUAUUUAUUGCAAUAGUGGGACUUGCAGCCAACAUUGCUUCUUUUUUAAAUUGGUGCGCUCCUCCCUCUGACUUUGUGGCUGUUUUGCCUGGGCAGUGGUCAGUGAAUGAUUGGAUUGGUUGAGAAAGAGAUUCCUUGCAGCAAUGAAGGGGUGGUUGUUGGGGCCAUAAGAGACUUAGUUAAAUUAUCAAUUGAUAGACUGCAAACUGCAAUGUUCUUUUUAGCUCAAAAUGCUUUAAACUGCAAAGGAAGAAAAAGAGAACCUGAGAUCCCUUGUUGAAUGUGAAUUUGAACGUGCCGUUAGUUCACGAAAUAACUAAGGGACCUCUAAUGGAGUUGAAUUGAUGAUAGAUUAUUAUUUCUUGCAGCCAUAGAAGUUUCAGGUCUUGUUUUGUAAUUUCUGAAGGGCCUGAGUCAGCAUAUAGCUUUCAUCAUCUAAGGAUGUAUUUCUGUAUGGCUUGUUUUGGUGACAAGCCCAUGUCACUAAAAAUGUUGGAGUUAUCAGAUGCUCUGUGUGAAGAUUCGCCUCUGUGUAUCUUUCCUUUGUGAUGUCAGGCUACAGGUAUAUUUGGUUGAAGUUGCUUUCUGUAAUCUGCCAUUGCAAGUGCCUUUGUAACCAUUAUUAGAAAAGUCAAAUCCCUUGUUUUGUAUAUUAUCUCUCACAAUAAUUUUACCCUA